AUGUUGCUUAAAAGUACUUUAUUUUUAAGGGAUCGGGAAAAAGAUAAGCAAGCAAAAAAUGUUUGUGUUGAUUCACUUAAAGGACUUGACAAAGAUAUGCUAAAAAUGAUGGGUUUUGCGACUUUUGAUACUACCAAGAAUAAAAGGGUUGCGGGUAAUAGUGAUGGUGCAGUGUCCAUUAACAAACCUCGUCGAUACAGGCAAUACAUGAAUCGGAAAGGUGGUUUUAACCGACCACUAGAUUAUGUUGCAUAA